GAAGUCGCUGCAGAGAUGGCAUUGCGCCUUUAUUAAGUUACCUAUUUUGAAUGUUUACCGCCAGAUGAAUCAGAAGAAGCGUGCUGUAGACGCAGAUGGCCAUGGCAGUUUUGCCAGAAGGGGGCGCUCUGCUACUGCGCAGCCUGAAGCCGGAAUUGAUAGACGUCCUGAGUGCAGACCCUGACUACGCCCUGCAGCAUGCAGACGCCCUCUCUUUGCUGUCCCUGCCGGAGUAUCGCCGUCUCAAAGCCCUGGUGGACCCUUCAGAGAAGACCCGUGACCUCCUGGACUGCGUGAUCCAGAAGGGCCGUGGCCCUGCAGAGGUGUUUCUGGAGUUUCUGAAAAAAGCAAACACGCUGGAGACUUUUCCUAAACUGGCCCCCCUCACAGAGCGGGCAGGGGAUGGUCAGCCACCACAAGAACAAAGUAAGACCAAGAGAAAAAAUGAAGAGGCAGCAACCAUAUCUCCCAAAAAAACAAGGCAUGAGGCUGGGUCAGGGGUGGUGACGGAGAAGCAGCUGAUGCUGGUGGCCCGCGGCAUGGGGCGCUCCUGGAAGCAGGUGGGCCGGCUGGCGCUGGAGAUACCCACUGUGAGCCUGGAGCAGAUCGAGGAGGAGAAUCCAGCCAAUCAUGUGGAGCGAGUGUUCGCCAUGCUGCGGCUCUGGCGCAUGCGAGAACGCGCAGAGGCCACGGCUGCUCGCUUGCACUCACUGCUGUCCCGGGAGUCCAGUCUGCCACCAGAGAGCAUCGACUUCCUUCUGGAUCCCAUCUGACUGUACUGCUCUCUGCCUGCAGGGGGUGGUGUCUUAUGCUGCCCUCUCCAUCCCUUUCCAUUUCCUGCAUCUCCUGGCCAAGCUUUGUCAGCCCAUCCAUCCCCCGAGAUUUUUUCAAAGCCACCCCUCCCCAAAUCCUCAGGAUUGACAGUAAAGUGUGCACUACACAAUGUAAAUAUGUGCAUGUGUUUUGACUGUAUUGUUUUAAUAAAACCAAGUGAAUUGA